AUGUCAAUACCAGCACUCGAACCACCGCUGCCACCAGCAUACCUCCCGAACGAACUCCUCCUCGAAAUCAUCCAGCACGUCUGGGACGCGGAUCUCAGUCCACAAGAACGAACCCACUUCUUCCACACGAGCCUCCUCGUGAACAAAUUCUGGUUGACCAACUUCAUCCAUAUCACCGCCUGCAACGUCUACAUCCCUUCCUACGCAUUCGAGCAAUACUACUUUGCCUUGCUUCGCGGAGAUCCAGGCAUUUCGAUUCUCAAAUUCCUAUGUCCAUCAACUUCUCCAUUCCCUUCGAGUUUUGGCACCCAAGCAACAUCCGACCAAAUACUCGACCACUACCACACAACAUCUCCAGCCCGCAGAAAGCUCAAAACGCUCUGCAAAUCCUUUACAAUCCAAGUCCGCAACCCCUCUUACCCAACCCGACCAUCUCCCUUGGACUCGGACCGUCUGGAACAACCAAAUGCACCUGAACAGCUCAUCUCCAACACGCUCUACGAAAUCCGACUCGCCAACUUCUUUCCAAACCUCAAACGGAUAACAUUGGAAAUGUGGAACGUAGCUUGCAACGAUCUUUUCCUCUCCAAUCGAUUCGUCGACUUCCCUCUUACGGUGGAAGAGCUGGAGCUGGAUUUUAGGUUUGGAGGGAAGGACUCGGAGGACGAGAGCAAAAGCAAGAAGCGAUCCGUACCCCGACAUAUGAUCGAAGUACCCAUGUUCUCUCUCUCAAAGCAUAUACACGGAGCAUUGGAGGGCGCAGGUGCAAUCGGAAUAGAAGCAAAACUAGGCUGGAUCCCAACCACCCUCCACAACAUCAAAAAGCUACGAAUAACAGGCGGAUACGAGGACCUAGUCCGAAUGAUAUUUCUCUGUCCAAACCUCGAAGAAAUGGAAUGCGUUGACUCGCUUUCACUAGACAGGAGCAGGAGCGCAGACGGGGAGGGGGGAAGUCAUACUGGAUCCGAGUGUGCGGCAAGUGUGAACUUGGUCGUCGCCGACGAGAUUGUGAAGGUGUUGGUGAAGAGGGACAAUGUACCGCGGGGAUACGGGGACGUUCUUGAGGACGUACGGAUAAAAGGAAGCAAGGUGAUAUUCCACACCAGGAAUCCGAGGGCCGAGUUUGAUGAAGCCGGGAGGAAGGAAACCCUAACUUUUACGUGGUGGAUUCCCGACCCGAUAUCGUUGGAGGACGUAUGGGAGGAAGGACACGUUCGCUAUAUCACCGUCUAA